AUGUAUACUAUAGUAACUAUAGACUUUUUUAACCUAACCUACAAAACGGCGCAAUUUAUAAAAACGCGGAUUUUCCCGUUUUAUUCAUUCUAUUAUGAAUUAUUUUUUAAAUAUUUACUUUAAUUUCGUAAAUACACCAUGCGAUGAUACUAUAUAUUUUAAAGUUUUAUCAAAAGAGUUUGCAAAGACUGUACCUACCUAUUUUUGUUUUGUAGCUAUAGCAACGCAAUGAAAAGAAGAUCGAGUUUGAUCGAAGACGUUGGAGAUAAUAAUAUAUCAUUUUGGAAUAAAAAAAUACUGACUUCAAACGUUUUCAGUGAGGGCAAAAUGUUCAAAAACACGAUAUGGUACAAAUCCCUUUUGGGUGCUGAGAAGUCUUGUAUUAAAGAGGAGAAAAUAAAGAAGAUUCAUUAUAAGUUCGAGGAUGAAAGAGAAAUGGUGGAAGAAUAUAAUACUGAUACUCAGGUGCUUCUCCGCAGAGCCUGGAAAGUGAAAGGUAAACUUGGAGGCGAGGGCAAAUGGGAGGUUGAAGUGGGUGACCCCAUCCCGGACGCAACGCCGAAUAUUGACGCUGCGGACAUCAUUGAGAGUAAAGACCAGCCAAUUUUAACAAGAAGAAACACGAGAGUUAAUUUAGAAUGGAGGAUAAGGAACCUUCCAUAUCCUUUGGAAACAUAUUCUAUAAGUGUAAACAACGAUGAAAAGUGCAUAGUAGUGCGGACAACUAACAAAAAAUACUUUAAGAAACUACAGGUGCCUGAGAUAGCUCGACUGGGACUGCCUUUAGAACAGGCAAACCUUCAGUCUACACAUCAAUUCAACACUUUAAUUAUUAUGUAUAAGAAACCUCAACAAUUACUGGACAUGGACAAGGACUGGUUUGAAGAACUAAAGAAGGUGAAACCUAUUAAAGAUGUUCCAAAUGAAUGUAAAGCACAAUAAAACAAUGCUUAAAUACUUGGUACAAAAGGUUUUUGUUUCUUUUCAAUAAUAAUUAUAACUUAUGUUUUGGUAUCACAUGACUUCCCAAAAUUUAAAGUGAAUUCCUGCAUUUCAUCAAUAAAAAUGUCAUUAAUGAAAUACA